CCUGUUCUCUCCUACAAAGUCUGCGAUGACCAGUCCAUUGGCAGCACCCAAACUGGGAACCAGUCUGUUUGCAGGGUCCCAGUUUCAGAAGGCAUCAGAGAAACAGAAAUUUAGCAUGAUGGGAUUUGGUGCCUCUAGGUUACACGGAACAUCUAUUGUUCAGAAAGCCAAGUUGCAACUUAAUAGGGCAGCCCUGAAUAAGUCAAAAGCAGCGUUGGCGAGGUCACUGAAGCAGAAAUGGAAAAGGGGACGAAAGAGAAAGAGUUGUGCUGUCUGCGGAAAGAAAACAGAUUUGACUGUUUGCUAUGAGAAGAUAUUGGCCUGCAUGUCUUGUAGAAGAUUUUACAAGGAAAUUAAAUGGUUCAUUAAUGUAGGCACUUUCACCAAACCAAUCUGUUAUAAGAAUGACAAGUGUAAGUUGAUACCUGACAAAAUAAAAUGUAGAUUUUGUCGUAUAAAGAAAGCUCUUCAAGUUGGGUUUCCAGCCUUACCUGAGAUGACAGAGCUGUUUGUAGAGGAAAAGAGGGAGGUGAAGAAAGCUGUAACGAUCGAGGAGCCAGUUUAUGUAGAUGUCGAGACUUGUUCCCCGGCUGUAAAGAAAGUUGAAGAGAUUUGUUCCCCGGCUGUAAAGAAAAGCGUACGAAAAGGCACACCUGUACAGUCUCCGAUACAUGUAUCUGAAACACCAACACUUUCUAUAUCGCCUCCUCCAUUGCCUCCAACAUUAGAUGAGACGCCAACAAAAGAACAGGAGUUAUCACCCCUGAAAGCUGGGGAAGGUUCUGAGAAGCGACAGAGAAAGAAGAGGGCAUUUAAAGAGCUAUUGCGCAAUAAACAGGAUAAAGUGGAAGAGGAAGAACCAGUUCAACAAGAAAAACCUGUCAUUCAAGAACCCAUACCUGUAGUUGCAACAGGAAGUGUUGAAAUCUCCCCACGCGGUGGUCCAGGUCCAAGGAUCAAGCAUGUGUGUCGCAAUGCAGCUGUUGUCCUAGGACAACCUCUGGCCACAUUUCCUGAGAAGUCAGAAUUACGUCUUAGUGCACUGCCAACAAAAGAUAAGGUUCAGUUGUGGAAGAAAGAUGAAGAGAGUAAAGCAGCAAAUGACGAGUCUGAUGAUGAUCGACCAAUGGAAGAGAUCAUACAGCAGUCUGGUGAUAGUGUUGUGAUUAUGAAGAAAUCUCCGGCAAGGGGAAAGAUCAGCAAGAAGCUGACCGGAGCUGGCGGUUUACAUCUUUACAAGAGGAAGAUGAGGUGUCGUCAGUGUCCGGGCUGCGUCAGACAAGACUGCGGGAUAUGUCGGCAUUGUCUAGAUAAACCAAAAUUUGGUGGACAAGGCGUUCUCAAACAGGGCUGUGUUGUGGCACUUGGGGAACGAAGAUGUUCCAAGCCUUUAAUCAAGCGUUCAGCUACAGAAGCAUUCAUCGAUGAAAAAAAGAAAGAUGUAACUGUACCAAGAAUUGAAAGGACAAGAGCUGUCUCAGAAAGUGAUGGGCAGGAGGGUCAAAGUGAUUUUGCUCCUGGUGAUAACCUGGAACCAGUCAUUCCAGGGUCAGAGGUCACACAGACUGUGUUUGGACUAGAAACUCAGACUGGUACUCUCCUUGAGGAUGAAACCCAGUCCAAUAAUAAUGUCUCUGAGAAACCAAAUGAAAAUAUUCCUGCAGAAAAAGAAGUCAAGCCACUUCCUGAGCAAACAAGUUCGCAGAAAUUUGAUUUAGAAAAGCAGAGGAUUGUUACUAGGGGUCAAAGCACAACCACUAGAAGUCAUAGUACAGAGGUGAGAAAGUUGACAUUCGAGGAUAUACCAAAUUUCCAGCUGGAAAGAAUAUCCUCACGAAAUAAAGAAUCUGGAAAGAUAUCAUCAAAGUUGAUGAAAAAGAUGGAAAUGCAGGAAAAAUAUUCAAAGAAAGAAGGAGGGAAUGAUGGCCAAUGUUAUCCAGUAACCUUGCAGUCAGUUCUACCUGCAUCAAGGCAGUGGGGAAGUCUACUUUCACAACCAAAGUACUACCCUAUCAAGGUGGACUUCAAGGGUAAAUGUGAUUUAGGUUCAGCUUGGAAUUAUGGGAUGGCUUUAACAAUAUCAAAUGCUAUGAGUGUUAGAGCCUUGUGUUUCCUGUGUGGAAGUGCUGGUAAACAUGAGAUGAUAUAUUGUAACAUAUGUUGUGAGCCGUUCCACGAGUUUUGUUUGGAGGAUUGGGAACAGCCGACGCCCGAUCACUAUGACGAUUGGAUAUGUGCAGCAUGUCAGUUCUGUCACGUUUGUGGGAGACAGAAUAAUCUUUUACAAUGUGAUAAAUGUCAGAACACCUACCAUCCUGGUUGUCUGGGACCUAAUUAUCCCACUAAACCUUCUAAAAGAAAAAAUAUCUGGAUUUGUACAAAAUGUGUGAAAUGUAAAAGUUGUGGGGCAACAACUCCAGGUUCGGACUCCCAAGCCACAUGGACAUAUGAUUUUUCACUGUGUUUUGAAUGUGGUCGUUUGAUGGACAAGGGUAAUUUCUGUCCUAUAUGUCGGAAAUGUUACUCGGAUGAUGACUGGGAGUCAAAGAUGAUCCAGUGUAACAUGUGUGAGAGCUGGGUACAUUCAAAAUGUGAAGGCCUUACAGAUGAAAUGUAUGAAAUAUUGUCGUAUUUACCAGAAGAUCUCUCUUUUUACUGCCGUAAAUGUUUUCCUGUUGGCUGUCCUGAAUGGGAGAGUACAUUAAAACGAGAAUUAAGGCUUGGCCUGGAAAAUAUUCUACAGUCUUUAAUACUCUCUAAAUCAUCGCAAUAUAUACUUAAACAGGAAAAGAAAUCUCCUCCAAAACAGCAAGCACUGCCCUCGCAUCAAACUCCAGAAAAACAGAAGAAAUCCUACACAUUAAACAACACUAGAAAUACAGAGACCACACAGGAAAGGGUGAAAAGAAACAUGAAAAGUUUUGAAAAAAUUAAACAGUUGUUAAAUUGUGGCAAUAGUAAAGGGUUGACUAACGGUUUUGUUGAAGAUUCAAACAUUGAUAAUCAUGAGUCAAACACAGAAGAUUCUUGUGAAAAAAGUCUUCAGACUGAUACUAAGUUAAAACAAGCUUGCGUAAAUGAGUUUGGUAAUACAAUAAACGACGCAAAUUCAAGAGAAAACCAUGUUGCUAUGGAAACUAAUGAUAAUUCCGGUGAUAACUCGCUGUCUCAGACUAAUAAUAUUGUUGGUGAUAAUUCUGACAUUGCUGAACAUGUGAUAAAUACUGUGAAUAGUGAGAAUACAAAGCAAAGCUGUGAUAAUAAUGAUAAUAAUGACCCUAAUAAGGGCUUCCCUCCUAAUGAGGGUUGUCCUGUAACCAAGGGUUGUCAUGUAAGUAAGGAUUGUGCCACCAGUGAAAUUGUUGAAAAUAAAGGAAUGGUGGAAGAUAAAACUAUGAUCUGUGAUAAACAAACAGUUAGUGAUUAUGUCAGUAAAGUGCAAGGUUGUGAUGAUGAAAGUGAAAUUAAUAGCAAAACUGAAGAAAUUCAAUGUGAUAAACUAAGGCCGUCAGAUUUAGCCAACAACAGGCACGCUGAAAAUAAAGGGGAAGUUGUUCAGAGAAGAAAUACUCGCGUACAUUUUAAUGUGGAUGAUUCCAGGAAUGAACAUGUUGUAGGAGAGAUAAAAGAGACUGAAAAUAAUUUUCCGAAAGAUUUGAUGGAAAUUGCUCAGAAAAUGAAAACUGGGGACUACAAAAGUGUGGUAAUAUUUUGUGAGGAUAUAUUACGUGUAAUACAAACCUACCUGGAUAAUGAAGAAGAAGCUAGAACAUCCAGGAAGAAAGCCACACAGUCUGCUAAAUCAAUAUUUGCUAAGCAACUAGAGAAAGUGUUUCCAUGGUUUAACGUGAAGACAUGUAGACAUUGGUACAGCAUGAGAAGUCUACCAGAUGGAAUGUUACCAGAUGCUACAUUGCCUCCUAACAAUGACCAUACUUAUGCUCAGUGGUUAGAGCGGAUAGAAGUGCCACGGUCACCUCAACCAUCGCCAUUCAAGAGGAGGACGGCAACACCUGUAAAAAAAUACAUGCCAAUUGAUGAGGAAGAUUAUGAGCCAGGUCAGAUGUAUGAUGGUGAUGAUGAAAGAAAGUGUAUGUUCUGUCAGACAUUUGGUGACCAGGAAGCGAAUGAUGCUGGACGAUUAUUGUACUGUGGACAAGAUGAUUGGUGUCAUAUAAACUGCGCAUUAUGGUCGGCGGAGGUUUAUGAAGAUGCUGAUGGUGAACUUAAGAAUAUUGUAGAGGCCUUUAGUAGGGGCAAAAUGUUGAGAUGUGACUUGUGUGAUAAAGCAGGAGCCACAGUGGGAUGUAACACAAAGGGUUGUAAGUCAAAUUACCACUUUAUGUGUGCACGGAAAGACCAGUGUAGAUUUCAGGAGGACAAGAAAGUGUUCUGUAAACAACAUAGAAUGUACAUAGAUGCCGAGUUGUUAACAGGAGAUCGUUUCAAUGUGUUACGAAGAGCUCAUGUGGGCACACUAUUUGUUCGGAGUGUAAAGAAACGCUGGUCUAAAGGCCUUCACUGUGGAGAUGUCAGUGUUCUAAUGGGUUCAUGUUGUGUGGAGAAUCUUGGAAGAUUGACUGAUUUAUCUGACAGCCCUAAAUUCUUACAACCAGUAGACUUCAUAACAACAAGGAUGUACUGGAGCACAAAAGAUGCAAGGCGAAGGUGUGUGUACACAUGUCGUAUUGUUGAAGUCCGACCAGAAGCACUGAAGUCACCAACUAUUACCAUCAAAGACAUGAGAAUCGUACAUGAUCAGAAUCAUCCUGACUUUAUACCGUUAUCAAAUCUGGAUCUCACUGGCAUCAAUACUGUUUCUGAGCAAGAAAAUCUAUCUAUUUUAGGAACAGAUUCUGAAAACCCGUUAGUGGAUUUAACGUCUGAAACUGCAGAUAUAACUGCUAAUACUGCAGAUAUCACUGCUGACUCAGCAGAUAUUACUUCGUAUACUGCUCACACUGUUUCAGAAUCUGCUGAAGAACGAACGAUGGAAAUAAGUUACAACAAAUCAGAGUUAUCUUUGAAUCAAAAGACUGAUGCUAAUUGCUGUAAAAGAAAAGAUGAAAUUACAAAGAGAAGGGCAAGUUUUAGUGGUAGACCAUCUGAUAAUGCUGUAAUAAAGGGCUCGGACAAGUUGAGUAUGUCAUGGCCAAUAGGCAGUAUGAAAUCUUGUAAUGAAAAUUUAAAGCAAGCAAACUUAAGCUUUUUGUCACCUAACACAUUGAAAAUGUUAAACAUUAAGGAUCCAAGCAAAUACAUUAAACCUGUGCAAAAUAAUGAGAAUACAAAAGAGGAUGAGGAAGAAUUUAGUUUGCUUAAAGUAGCAAAUAGAUUAAACAAAGCAGCUGCAAAUAGUUCUAGACGUAAUAGUGAGGAGAGACGGUCUGAAGGAAACUCUCCAUUACCUUUAAGAUCUAACUCAAGGUCACCUUCAGUGGAGAGAGGAUGCUCACCAAUGCCAACUAGAACAUUUUCACCUAUUGUUGGUUUAAGACAGAGGUCCCAGUCUGUUGACCGAUUUCCUGAAAUUAAACCAUCGUUAAAUCUUCAUACAAAAUUCUCCUCAAUGCUUGAAAGUCUCCCAGAAAAACCAUUUUCUCCACCAUCGAGAAUGCUUUCUAGAUCAAAGUCAUUAUCAGUAGAAAAAGAGACAUUAUUAUUCAAACCUUCAUCUAACACUUCUUGUAUUUCCUCAAAUGAGCCAUUUCUGCCAGCAGGUAAUGAUGAAUCACCACAGUGUUCAAGAAGGGGAAGGUCUGUGUCUGAUCCUUUGGAAAACAUGCCUGAACCAAUCAGUUUCUCGUCUCCACUUGUUCGAACAACAGAUAUGGUUCAAAAGAAGUUUGAUUUAUCUAACUUGAGUACAGGUAGUGAGGGAAGUAAGAAAUUAGAAAGUUGUUUAUUUAGCAUCACAACAUCAUUAGAAACCGAAAGUUCUGUUACUGGAAGCACUAAUACAGAGGAUAAUGUACCAAGAGAAAUAGCUGAAACAGAUACUGAAACAUCUGACAUGAUAACAGAAAAUGAGGUUAUUGAUAUAAGUCAGAAUAUUGAUACUGAUGAAGAAACUACUGAAACUAUUGUUGUAAUGACUGAAAGCGGAGAGAGUUUAAGUGAAGAAGAUGCAAUCAAAAUUGUUAAAGAUAUGAUUGAACAAAGAAAUUCAUCGUUACAAACUGAAUAUGUGGAUCCUAAUACUGUUACAGAAGACGAUAACAAUCCUGAACCUGAAAGUAACCAUGUUCACCCCCAUGAGAAUCAAAGUGAACAAAAUGGAUGUACAGAGAACAAAAGGGAUGAAUCAGGAAUUGUGAAAGAGGAUAAUUCAGAUAGUCCAUUUAUUCCUCAAAUUGAAAAUGAAAGUGUAGUGAAUAAGAGAGUGAGAAGAAAUACUAAUGAUAAGAAAGUAGAUAAUACUGAAGAGAAAAAUGAUAGUGAAGAAAACAGGUUACAAUGUAAUGAUGAUAAUGACAUUCUUGAUAUCACAGACAAGGUUGAAUGUGAUUCAAAUGAUGGAAAACAAUUAGCUAGGAAGAAUUGUGAACAACUAGAAGCAGUCACACUGGACAUUGUGUCUGACACAGAUAGUGAUAUUAUUGAUAUAACUGAUUCAGUUGUAAAUGCAGGUAAAGCUAGGGUGGAACAAGAUGAAUUUGAAUCUGAUGGAAAUACAUGUAAAACAACUGAAGUAGAGUCCCAAGACAAUGCAGAAUCAAUAGUUAAUGAGAAUAAAAUGAAAAGAAUAGUUUAUGAUUUAGAUGAAUCAAUUGAUAGUGAUAUUGAAAUACUUGAUGAUUUAAGUACAACAAAGGAGGAUGAAAACUAUGCUGGUAAUAUGAAUAGUGAAACUGUGAAUAAUCUUGAUAAUGAAAGUAAUGAACAAGACAAUUAUGAAAUGGAGGAUAUAGAAAAGGUAGAUUUGGUGUCAACAGAAUUUAGUAAUAAUGUAAAACAGUCAGAUAAUUCUAAUAAAGUGCAUGUGGGUGAGUCAGAUAACAAAACAUGUGGAAAAGAUGAUGAGAUUGAUGGAGAUUCUGUAAAAUCAGUUACUCAGAAUGUUGAAAGUGUUUCAAAACAGAUUAUCACAUCAUUAUCUAGUGAGAUUGACAUUGAAAAGAAAGAUAGAGAUAAUUCAGGGAUGUCUAAUAAUAAGAAACAUAUUGAUUAUGAUUCCCAAUGUCAUAGGAAAGAUACUGAAUGGGAAAAUGAGAACUUGCAGCAGUGUGAGAAAGCUAUAGUUCUAGAAGAUGAUAAAAUAAUGGAAACAGAGAAUAGUGAUGAAAACUUGGAUUCUUCAAAAGAGGAGGUUUUGAGAGGGUUGGGGCUAGGUACUUUUGAUGAGGUUGAAAAGCUGAAAAAUUCACCUCAGAAAUCACCAUCUUUACCAAUGUUGACUUUUGAAAGUAAGAAAAAAUGUUCCAAAAAGAUACCUGUGAAAUCAUACCCACUAAGGAAAAAUAUUACUUCACCAUCAAAGAUACAAGAGAAAAAUGAUGCUAAGUUAAAAUUAAGGAACACUAGUAAAGACGAAAUUGAUGGGUCAAGGGAUACAAGUGAAAGUAGCACAAUUGAAAGUGGCAAAAACAUUAUAGAGUUUGAUCAAAAUCUGAGGAAAGAACUUUCACCAGAAUUACCAGUGUUAGAUCCUAUUGCCAAAAAAAUAAAAGAAGAAAGCAUAGCUAAAAGCUGUCCUGAAGAUAAAGGCCCAUUUAAAUGUUCAAAAUGUCGUAGACAGUACAGGACAGAGACAAGUUACUUAGUUCACAUUGAAAAUUGUAAUUUCCUUGUUAGUUCAAGUGAUGAUGAAGAUAUUAAUCAAGAUGAUGAAGACAGUACAUCUAAAACUGAAGGGAAAAGAAAUACAAGAUCUAGAGUAAAGAAAACAAAUGAAGAGUGUAGUCAGAAAAGAGAAAGCAUAUGUAGCUCAGAUGACAAUACUGACAAUAAAAGAACUACCUUACGAAGAAGCACUCAAUUCCAGAGAGUUGCCAUAGAGGUUGCUGAGAAACGGCAGCAAGAAGAAGAAAUCCCAAAACGUGGACGAGGAAGACCACCUCUGAAACAUAAAGAUAGUUUAGAAUCUGACAAAGAAAAGCAGCUGAGAGAACAUAAGAUCAAGGAGAAAUUCAGUAGUAUGUCUGAUGAGGCUGAUGUAGCGGAAAGUACAGAAAUACCUGUCAAAAAAGGCAGAGGUAGACCAAGGAAAAGUGAAAUUGUAUUAAGGAAUAUGGAUGGUGUCUCAGCAGAUAUUGAAUUUGAAGAAGAAAAAGUUUCAGUUAGAGAAUCAAGAAGGAAAUCUCGGGAGACUAAAAUCCUUGAAAAUUUAUCUCAAAGCAGUGAUUCUGAACAAGAAGAAAAACAUGCUCAUACAAAUCUUGUUAAAAGGAAAAGAGGUAGACCAAGGAAAAUUGAUAUCAAUCCUGAAGAAGGAAAACAAAACAAUUCUGAUGGAGAGCCACAAGUUGCUAAAAGAAAACUAAGACAUGAAAUAAGCAAAAGUGUGGACUCGCAUUCUGUAAAAGAAGAUGAUCAUGAUAAUAUGAUAGUUAAGUGUGCCGACUUUCAGAAAGUAAAAGAUGAUCUAAAAUCUCAGAUUGACAAUAUAAGGAAAAAUCGUUAUAGACCUGCUAAAAUGGUUCAUAUGAAAACCAGGAAUAAAACUAUUCGUAUAUAUGUGAAAGACAGAAAGAAAUUAAGGGAUGGAAACAACAAAUUUGGACUUAAAUCUGUUUCAGUAAGAUUGCACAAGUCUGACUGCUUAAAUAAAAAGAAAGAACUAAACAAAGCAGAAGAAAAUGAGAAAUCAAUGGAUGUUGAUAAAGAUAUAUUAAGUGAAAAUAAGUGUAUGUCAGAUACUUUUAAAACAAAAGAAGAAAACCAAGAAAGUAAACUUAAUGAACACUCAAUUCAGGAUGAUGAUGAUAAAGUAAAACACGAUCUUGCUACAACUGAUGGUAUUGACCAAGAGAACCAAACAGAUUCAGCCGUGUUCCAAAACCAAGAGAGCUCUGAAGAAGAUGGGGAUAUACUAGAUGAACUGACUGGUUUGAUAAUUGACAAGAAAACUGGUGAGACUAUUAGAAGUCCUACACAACAUACACAACACAAUGAACUGAAUGAUAAUGAAACAGAUGAAAUGAAUAAAGGAAAUGAGAGUGAAGAUACAAUGAAUGAUGCCAGUGAAGAAAUAGAUAAAGAUCAAGGAUCUAAAGAUGUUUUUAGGUUCAAUAGUCCAGAAGCUAAAGAGAAAAAGUUUGAUGAAAUUGAUAAUUGUAUGGAAGUGGAGGAAGUUGAAAAGGAGAAAAGUACUGACAAUAUAAAUAGUGAAACAAUGAAAAGUCCUGCUCAGAAUACACAUGCUGUAAAUGAAGUUAAAAUUGAAAAUGCACAGGGUGCAACAAAGUCAAUGGAAUUUAAGGAUUUCUCUGAAAAUUUACCUAGCACUGUUUUAAAGUUGUUAAAAGAUGGACACAAGGUUGUUAUUAAAAAUCCCAAGCUGAACAAGUGUUUCAUGUGGCAAAAAACAGCAGAUGGCUACAUUGGCAAACCAUUUAAUAAGGAUCUUGCAAAGAGUCCCCCAGUAAGUGAAAAACCAGAUAAAAGUAUAAUACUGCCUAAUGUUAGUAGAGUGAAUAAUGUUGCUACUAAUUCUGUGGAAAAAGAUUUGCAGGGUUCUAUUACAAAAAUACAAUCUGCUUCUGAUAUCUUACAGGAAAGGAAAAAAUUACAGACACAAAUGCAUGAAAAACAAACGGUUGAAGCAACAGCAGUAGGUCAUUGUAAAGAAAACACGAAAGAAGAACCAGAUCUGAUUAAAAGAAAGGCAAAAUUUGUUGUAGAAAACAUUGAAAGACUUAUUGAAUCAAACUUGAAAGCAAAAGCUAGAUACCCCGCUCCUGAAAAACUGAGAAAAGGUUCUGCAGAAUAUGUUGGAGGUAUAUUGAUUUCAACUCCAAACUCGGUGUCUGUCGAUAAAGUUAAAGAGACUAUUCAAAAUACAGCACCAUUAGCUGCCAAUGUGUUACAAAAUACACUAAUUCAAAAUAAGGUGUUUAAUGACUACCAAGCUAGUGUUCAGCAUGUACAGAAUAAUUUCAUGAGUUCAGCUGUCCAGCCAGCUGUACAAUCAGCAGUCCCUGUAGUAUCACAUCCUCUUAUACAGCAGCAGCUACAGUCUGGUAAUGUGGGAAUGUAUGUGCAGACUGAUUUACAAACUAUCCCCCAGACUGGUCUACAAACAUUUCAACAAGUCAGUCCUCAGCAGACAAUCUCCCCAGCUGGAUACAGUAAUAUUCCUAUGAGUAAUAUGCAGUCCCUAUCUCCCGUGAAUCAGCAGUACACAGCACAGUUGGUACCAUCCCAGGUCAUACAACAGACAUACCAACCGGUCCAGGUGCAGCAGGUUCAGCAGAUGUCUUCCCUAGAGAUGGGCAUGCUUAAUAUCCCGAUGAUGACGUCUGUCGGAUUCUCUAAUGCACAACUCGUUCAAGCUAUUAAUACAAUGAAUCCAAUUGCAUCUCAGCAGUUUUUGAGCACGAAUGCUCCAUCACCGUUAAUAGUGAAUCCGCAGAUAUCGCAAUCUGUUCUAAGUGCUCAUUCACCGCAGGCUUUAAUGAAUCAGUAUGUGAAUCAACCUAUGCUUAGUCCACAGCCAGCACAGUCUGUGAUGAAUCAGUUUGUUUCUCAAGCACAGUCAUUGGUUAAUCAAAUCUCGCCACAGUCUCAGGUAGCCAAUGGCAAUCAAUUUAGUUCACAGGUACCAGCAAGUCAGUCUUUCGUUCAUCAACUCCCAUCUCAUCUAACAGUUUCGCAAAACGCAACUGGUCAGCAUUCUACAUCAAAUGUGUCAUACUUGAAACCCCGAAUUAUUUACAAUCAAACUCAAAUUGUUAAUAAACUGUCGGGGAAUGAUGCAGCCUACCAAAAAAGUUCAACAAGAAAUGUACACAACACUGGACAAAAACGAUUAAUAAAAACCCAUACAUAUUCAAUAUUAAAGCAAAAGUUAGAAUCACAACAAGAAGCUGGAAAGAAUGAAACAGAAGUUGUUAAGAAAGUACAGUACUUUAAUGUGAAACCAGGACUUGGUGGUGGAUCGAGCAGUUUAAUGGAGAAGAUGAAUACCUACCUUGCCUUAAAGCAACAGGUUUCUUCCGAGCCACACUCCUCUCUUAAACAUAAAAAUACUUCACAGAUACCUGAAGUGGUAAAAUGUUUGGACAACAAUGGUGUAAUUCAAAUGAGAUUGGAACCAAAAGAUUCUGGGUCACCGAAAAAGCAAAAAAUUAAGAAAAAGUUGAAAGGGAAGGCAAAGUUGAAGAAGGAGUUGUCACCAAGGAAAUGGAGAAGGCCAUCCUUGAAAAAGAAUCCUAAUUCAAAUGUUACAAGUGGCAUAGCACUUCCUCAUAAACCAGAUAAAGCAAGCCACCCUAUGAUUCAUGGUCCAAAGGAAGUGACAUCACUUCCUGUAGCUGCAGUAGAAGAGGAAGUGAGGGAUGUGCCUCUGACUGCCUUCGAUGACAAUGAUGGUAGACAAUCUGGUCCAGGCGGCACGUGUCAAAAUCUCGGACAUCUUGAGUAUGAGAUCACCAGUGAUGAUGGCUUCACUUGUAGAAGUGAUUCUCUUGAUGGAGCAUGGAAACAAGUAACAGAGAAAGUACAAGAUGCUCGUACAGCCAGUAGACUGAAACAUCUCUCCUAUGCUGGAUUGACAGGUGUACAGAUGUUUGGGUUAAGUCACCCCAGUGUUGUUUAUCUGGUAGAGCAACUAUAUGGAGCUAGCUACUGUCGCAGAUACAAGUUCAAGUAUCACCGUCAUGAAAUGGUGGAGAGGGAACUGGAAUUAGUGAAUCCCUCUGGUUGUAUAAGAACGGAGCCGUUCAGUGGCCGCAAUCCGACAGAUAUGUUCAGUUUCCUGAUGUCACGGUACAGAACAUUACCGGAAUAUUGUGGUAGAGACAUUAACGAAGAAAUAGCCAUGAAAUCUUCACGAAGAGCAACAAGCAUGGAUCUACCAAUGGCAAUGAGGUUUAGAAAGUUAAAGGGCUUCUCGAAGGAGUGCGUUGGUGUAUACAGAUCAACCAUACAUGGGCGUGGCUUAUUUUGUAAGAGAAGUAUAGACGCAGGGGAGAUGAUUAUUGAGUAUGCAGGGGAGGUAAUCAGGAACAGUAUGACCGACAUACGAGAAAAAUACUAUGAGAGCAAGGGAAUAGGGUGUUACAUGUUCCGUAUAGAUGACACCGAUGUUGUGGAUGCUACAAUGAAAGGAAGUGCUGCCAGAUUUAUCAACCAUUCUUGUGAUCCUAAUUGUUACUCUAAGGUGAUAACUGUUGACAACAGAAAACACAUUGUGAUAUUUGCCAUGAGGAAAAUUUUACGUGGAGAGGAGCUGACAUACGACUAUAAAUUUCCUAUUGAGGAGAUCAAGAUACCUUGUACAUGUGGUGCUAAACGAUGUAGAAGAUAUCUCAACUAGAUGUGACAUAAUUCCACUCUCGGAAUACGACAAAAUUCCACUAUUGGAAUACCACUUAACCUGUUAUAUUUCUAAAAUGGAUUUGUCCAGUUUCCAGUUUUAGAAGCGGUUUGUUAUUGAUGUAAGAAACAUGAUGAUGGAAAUUUCAAAUUGAUAAGCCAACAGUAUAGAUAGAGCUUGGUCACAGUAUAGACUGCACAGCAGUGCAGGCUAGGCUGGCUCUAUAC